AUGGAUAAUCUGCCCAGCCGGCAUCGCAAGGCCCUGGAGACCUACGAGAUCAUCUUCAAGAUCAUAGGGCCCAAGAGGCUGGCCAAAGACCUCUUCCUCUACAGCUCUGGGCUGUUCCCUCUACUCUCCAAUGCUGCUAUGUCUGUGAAGCCGGUGCUGCUGGGCCUGUAUGAGACAUACUACCUGCCCCUUGGGAAGACCCUCAAACCUGGCCUGCAGGGGCUGCUGACUGGGGUCCUACCAGGCCUGGAGGAAGGCUCUGAGUACUAUGAUAGGACCAACAUGUUGCUGGAGAAGGUGGCUGCGGCGGUGGAGCAGUCGGCCUUCUACAGCGCCCUGUGGGGCAGCAUCCUGACCAGCCCUGCCGUGCGCCUGCCCGGGGUCACCUUUGUCCUGCUGCACCUCAACCGCAAACUCUCCAUGGAGGACCAGCUCUACGUCAUGGGCAGCGACAUCGAGCUCAUGGUGGAGGCAGUCAGCACGUCAGUGCAGGACUCCAGUGUUCUGGUCCAGAGGAGCACCCUGGACCUGAUCCUCUUCUGCUUCCCAUUUCACAUGAGUCAGGCCACCCGUCCAGACAUGAUUCGGAUCCUCUCUGCAGCGCUGCACGUGGUUCUGAGGAGGGACAUGUCACUCAACCGCAGACUGUACGCCUGGCUGCUGGGUAAAAGACACACUCACGCACACGCAAUGGUUUUCCUUAGCCGGUAAUAGCCUGCUUCUGGAUGUAAUUUUGUUGUUGAAAAUUCGAUAAAUAAAAUUGGCACCUGCAAAUUGUCUGGGAGAAGAAGAAACAAAUCCCAUUGCGAAAUAAUGCUUUUUAGCCUAUUAACUGAUGGAAAUACCAGUUUAUGUAAAUACAUUUGACUGGUCAUGCUUAUCAGUCUAUAAGAUAAUUAGCAUCAUUUAGUGAAAUUAAAAUGGCGCGUGUUCAGUAUAUUUGUUAUGUAUUACCGAAAACAGGCUUCAUCAACACGUCACACCAAUUUGCAAUAAGUUGUGUCAAGUUGGCUGGAUGUUUUUUGGCUGGUGGACCAUUCUCGAUUCACACGGGAAACUGUUGA